UAUUACUCCCGGUCUAGCUCGCCAGGAAGAUGGCGGCGUCUGUCAGUCGCGUUUGAGAAAUUAAGUUGUCGGGACUGUAUUCUUUGCAAAUGUACGUAACUGCCAAACGACCACAUUCCACGUGUAAACAGUAUUGACAAGACUCAGGUAAACAGGUGUGGUGGCCACGGCUUUCAUCGUGUUUUCUAGAUGGUCUUAAUGGUAAAGAUAGUUUGACAUUGACUUGCGGCCGUCACUGAUGGAGUACACUGUGAUCCAUCUGCUGUUCGCCUUUUGUUGCGGGUUGAUGUUUUCACAUGUGUUUCUCAGCCACCCUCUACUACAGACACAGACGCGGAUCAGGGUGGAAGAGGAUUGCACGGACGUUGUCAGUUUACAUCAGACUGGAAGUGAUAUCCGAAAUGUCCUCAGGGAAAACAUGCGGACUGUCCCUGAAGUUGAUGCCUAUGAUGUCGAAGAAAGGCGUGAUAUCAGCAAAAUCAAGGUCUUGUGCUGGAUUAUGACUGCACCAAAGAAUCUAAAAACCAAAGCCCAAUAUGUCAAGGAAACGUGGGGAAAACGCUGCGAUAAACUCCUGUUCUAUAGUUCCACCACUGAUGAAUCCUUCCCUACCAUUGGACUUGGCACACCCGAAGGGAGACAACACCUCACUGCCAAAACAAUGCAAGCCUUCCGCCAUCUUUACACCAACUACUUAAAAGAAGCGGAGUGGUUUCUUAAGGCGGAUGACGACACAUAUGUCCUUGUAGACAACUUGAAAUAUUUUUUAUCAAAACAAAAUAAAAAUGAAGCUGUUUAUUUUGGGAACCAUUUCAAGAACUAUAUUCCGGAAGGAUACAACAGCGGAGGUGCUGGCUACGUCGUGAGUUAUGAGGCUUUGAAAAGGUUUGGCGAAAGGGGAAAUAACUCUGACUUGUGUUCCCAAGAUGGAGGCGCCGAAGACGCGGAGUUUGGCAAGUGCCUUGUGAAUCUUGGUGCAAAAGUUGGGAGAUCCCUGGAUGAGGAGGGGAAGACAACAUUUCACGCAUAUCAUCCUUUGACACAUAUGUCAGGCUCGUAUCCACAGUGGGUGAAGGCUCAUACUAUGCAUGGAGCAAGAAAGGGUGCCGGGAACAUCAGUAGUCUACCCAUCACAUUUCACUAUGUACGAGGGAAUGAGAUGCUGGCUCUAGAUUUCUAUAUAUACCAUGUAAAACACGUCAGCGCGGAGUGAACGGUGUGGUAUGAUCCGGCAUCCACGCCCCCAGGGUACAACAGCUCUCGACUUGGAGGAGUUAUUGACCAUCUCGUGGAAGGUCAGGCCUAUACGUAUUUAGGGAUGCAGAUUAUGGACAAGCUCCAGAAUGCCCAUAUCAAGGAGUUCAGAGCUGAACGCUCGCGUUAAAGGAAAAGCCACAAAUACUUAUGCUGUACCCGUCCUUCCAUAUUCCUUUGGUGUUGGUGAUUGGACGACACAAGAAAUUCAGUGUAUUGACACCCUCACACGAUACAAUCAUGUCAGACAAUAGACCCUGCUACCCUCGCUCUUCCCUCAAACGCUUAUAUUUACCAAUCAUAAUGGGAGGGCGUGGUUUGAUUAACAUUCGGGCUCUUCAUGACAGAAUUGUUUUGUGCGCUUUUGCACAAAUAUAUUUGUCUGAUGAUUCUCUUGUGCAGCAUGUCAAUACUAAUGAUGACAACAAGGCAUUCCGUAGUUUUCGUAAACGAGCCAAGGAUUUGGGAUAUAAUCUCAAUGUCAGUGGAGAUUUUGUGGAUGGUUCUGUACUGCUGGACGGUACAGAAAUGAGUGUCAACCAAGCGAAGUGCCAUAACAAAUCGGACCAGACUCAAGGAGUUCUUCAAGGAGAGGCUAACUGAACGACCACUGCAUCGAGUUGAUGUCCAGAGAAGAUCAGUAUUCCUGCCGAGUCCUUCGCUUAGAUGAGGACCUGAUCUUGUCCUGUUUGUUAAAUCCAAUGAAAUCAUUUAUAUUAUUGAAUUUUCUGUCCCUUUUGACACUAAUGUGAUUGACAAAAUUGGGGGAAAACAUGGCAAAUAUGCAGACCUCGCUUUCGAAAUGUCACGCUUGCACCUUGCAGUACUAAGUAGUCCGACCCCCCAUUGUUCUCGGUGCCUUAGGUGGAUACCUCCCAAUCUGUUGACUGACAUUGGGAGAGAACCCGGGUUUGCUAUCAGGAAUACGGCCCUACGGACAAUCGUGUUAAUACAGAAGGCUGCAGUGUUGGGGAGUCUUCACAUUCUCCGAAAAGUUCCGGAUGGGUUUGACUAGGCAGCGCUUUCUGGGAGGAGUCCCACUCGCUCUUUGGGGUGCGUGAAGAGAGGGCAAUGGCCCUGGGCUGACUGUGCCAGGAUCACCCAAACCCACUUUGCUGCAUUUUUAUUUUAAUCUGUACAUAAUGAUCGGAUAAUAACAACAAUUUAUAAGGCACCAGUUUUCAUGCCCAUACAUUAUCAUUAUGAUGAUGUAAUGCUCAGAAUCCACCUGUCGCCAGCGCUAUGUCCAGUAUUAUUACCUCAUUGCCUUCAAUUUACAUUAUCAACUCCAUGGGGAGUAUAAAACCCAAGCUGAAUGUGAUGCGCGAGAAUGUUGACAGUUAUAUUACAAUCUCCUUGCCAGGCGCCGUACCUUAUUUGUUAUUGUUUGAGAAAAUUACAUGGGAUAUGGUGAUGAGUAAUCAUUGGAAAGAUGUGACCAAACUUUUAUGGUGAGGUGAGGUGAAAUUGGGUUUAACGUCGCGUCACAGAUUAUUGCACUUGUAUAGCGACGUGCAUGUACGUGUAUGUGUAUGUGUGGCUGCUUGUACUAGUCCGGACUGAUGCCGAUUU